UUCUCAUUUAACCUAGUUUUCAGCAAUACAGGAAGUCAUUGCCGCCAUGAACCUCCAAGUUAGGGUAGAACCACCGGAGAAGAAGAGUAAAAGGAAGAAAAAGACGUCACCACCACCUUCGACAUCUCCAUCGUUUUCUUUACUUCCUGACGAAAUCAUCGUGAGUUGCUUAGCCCUGAUAUCGAGAGCAUACUACCCGAGACUCUCAAUCAUUUCCAAAAGCUUCCGGUCACUCCUCUCUUCCAAGCAGCUCUACACAGCUCGAUCUCACAUAGGAAGCACCGAGCAGUGUCUCUACGUCUGUCUCUCCGAUGAAAGAUACCAAUCUCCCCAAUGGUUUACCCGCUGGAUUAACCCUAAUCUAGCCCUCGAGAAGAAAAAGAAGAAGAAGAAGAAGACACUCGAAAAAUCGUUGGCUCCAAUUCUGUCGUCUGAUUCUCCUUUGAUAUCAAAAUCCACCGUAGUUGUUGGUUCAGACAUUUACCUUAUCGGUGGACCAACCAAGACCGAACCGUCAUGUCCCUCAUCCGCCAUACGAAUCCUUGAUUGUCGUACUCACACAUGGCGUGACGCACCUAGCAUGAUCGUAGCCCGGAACGAUUCUCUCACAUGUUUCUACGAUGGAAAAAUAUAUGUCAUGGGAGGAUGCGGAGAUGAUGAUGAACCAUGGGCCGAGGUGUUCGACAUAAAGACGCAAACAUGGGAACGUCUCUCUGAUCCGGGUAAUCAGAUACGUAACAUAUGGAGAUGUGAUUUUUACACAAUCAUAGGGAUGAAAGGAAAGAUUCACUUUUGGAAUUCAUACAGAGCGUAUGCUUAUGACACAAGCCAAGAUAACUGGGAGAGUAUGAUUGAUGGUGGUGUAUGGUACCAUUGUAUUCCGAAGUCAGCAUGUGAGAUUGAUGGCGUAUGGUAUCAUAUGAGUUAUGGACGUUCAUACGACUUUCGGUGGACAAUGGAGGGAGAAACAUGGAAAGCUGUGAAAGGGUUAGACUCAUUAAUAAAGAUGUACAAUAGGAAUGGUGGCUCUAGUUGUAAUAAAACUAAGUUAGUUAGUUGUUGUGGGAAGCUCUUACUUUUGUGGGAAGGUUAUAUGAAACAUAAUCCCAAUAAUAGGAAGAAAAUUUGGUGCGCGGAAAUCACGUUGGAAACUGAUGAUGAAGGUGAGGUCUGGGGGAAUGCUGAGUGGAUUGAUGUUGUGAAAAGCGUUCCCACACAGUGUGAGCUCUUAAAUUGUCUUGUUGUCUCCGUUUGAUUGACUUGUAUCAGAGAGUUGGAGAAAGGAGAAGGAAGCAGAAGCAAACGAUGAGCGACAAGAGUUAAGAGAAGAAUUAGGCGUUAAAGUGACGUUUAUGAACAUAUAAUUUUUUCAUUUUCUCAAACUGAUCAAUAUUGUAGUAAUCAUACUGGUGACUCCACAUUAUGUUAAUGGCUGAAACACAUAUCAGAUUGUCUCAGGCUUAUAAGGUUCGCCGAUGUAUUUGAUUUGAGUAGAUCUAGAUUUGAGCUCCUUCUUUCACUGAAACAGAAGAAAAAGACAUAGAAUAUUAAGAGAACAUUUUGUCGUCUUUAGGAAUUCACCAUUUCAUAUUUUUGGAAAUAUAACAAUUACUAGAUUUUUAAAAGUCGGGAUAUUUUACGUUGUAGACAUCUAAUGACUAUUGAAGCCAUCCUAUUAUGAACUUAUUCAAUGAUAAAAAAAAGAACUGAUGAGAAUAUUAACAAUAUUUAUAUAUCUCACUCUUUUUCGAUUAUUGCUUGUCUUCCAAUAUGUUUUCUUCUUCUUAUUUAGUUAAUUGUUCUUAAUAACUACAACAUUAAGGUCUUUAUAGACUCAUUUAGCUGACCUGAAUUCCCUACUACUCAUGUUAAGUUAUUUCUUAUAUGAUUAUCAUUGGAUUUUGUCAAUUUUAUUUGAUGAUACAUCCGAGUUAUUAUAAAUUAUAUUAUUUGUGUACACUUGUACUCAACCUGAUCAAAGCAUCGCUAUAUAGUUGACUUCUUCAUAAAUUCGUUAAAUCAAAUUUGGCUUGGUUUAUAUUUUUUUUUUUUGCCAAAAUGUGAAUUCCAUUAAAAUGGGUAGAGUUUGUAAGUUAUUACAAUCGGUUGUUUCAUACUAUGGUUUACCUUGGCAAAAAUAAUAAAAACAAGGUAAAGCAUAUGAGAGAAAGAGCAAGAAUUUCACUCCCUAGAAAGCCAGUGUUGCAUUAGUCCGCAGCUCUGUUUUUGAUUCCUCUUGGACAGAAUUGCAUCUCUAAUGAAACGGUCUAGUAGUUUGAAGAUGGUUGUUGGAGACGAUGAUAUGUUAUCAUGAUAGCGCUUGUUCCUUUCAGACCAAAUUGAGUAGAUAGUUGCAGAGGCCACUAGACGCUUGAGUAACCUAGGAACAAUUAUGUCACGCAGGCUAAGCCAUUCGGAGAAAGCUAACCACGUGUGGAACCCCGCAAAGGAGUAUCCCAUUCUGCACAGACCGAUGUUCCAGAGAUCAGCACUCCAUUCACAGCGAAAGAAGAGAUGGUCUCUGUCUUCUGUAUGGAU